AUGGCAGAUACGAGUUGGAGGACGUUAAGAGCCGAGGUGGAAAUACCGAUGCGUAUUGGAUGGGAAGACAAAGUGUGUGUUGAAGUGAGUUCGGAUGGGGAUAUGUCGGUGUAUGAUGUUCGUGGUGUAUUGAUGGGGUGCAAAGAGAUGAAGAUUCAUUUCAUGGCUUUUGGGAAUGCGAAGAAUAAUGGGCCCAGAUUGACGCAUGUUUAUAGAGAUGAGGCCUGGAUUAGAGAUCGGGACGUUCUGGCUGGGUGUGGGCUUGAUCGGUCGGUUAUGGCUGAGCCCUUCACCAAGGAAUUGGAGAUAAACCUCUGUAAAAUCGAUGUCCAGAAAAUUCAACAACAGUUGAAGUGUGUUAGCUAUGUGCUAGUUGUUUCUCGGUUUCUCAACGACGUAGAAAUCGAGGAACCGAGACGGUAG